UGCAAGAAGACAUCGCGUACUCAUUGUUUGGCAUCUUCGGUGUCCACCUACCUGUAAUUUACGGCGAGAAGACGCAGAACGCGCUUGGGCGACUCCUGCAGGAGAUUGUGGCUCGGUCGGGCGACAUCACUGUCCUAAACUGGAUCGGACAACCUUCUGAGUUCAAUAGCUGUCUUCCAGCCCAUAUUACCUCUUACGCUACUCCUCCAUGCACCCUUCCAUAUUUGUCCGAAGAUCAGAUUCAGACAACUAUCUCUUCGCUGCGAGAAAAUCCCGUGGCUGUGGAUUUGGCUUCUGGACUUUAUGAACGGCUUGAUAACACGAGCGCUGCCCGUUUCGCAAACUGCAGACUACACCUGCCUUGCAUGGCAUUUUGUGUUACAGAAGUCAAUAUGAGCUACGGUUCAUCCCAGGAGAUUCGAUAUGAAGUCAAGGCAGACGGGCUCCGUGGCCUGCUGAUCACCACUAAAGAGCCGAUUGUUCAAUUCUCACAAACAAAGCCCACUCAGCAAACCUUCGUGCUUGUCCGUCCCUGGGAUCGGUCUCUCCUCGAACUACCAGACUUUACAGAUUUGCAAGACGAUUCAGAAAGCGAAGGGGAUUAUUUUACGCCGCCUUCUUCUCCGUCAGACAACUCACCUAGCCGUUCUCUUGUAAAACAGGAGGUGGAUGAUUUAGAAUUGCGAGCAUUGCGGUUACUUGUUCGCCUUGGGCAGCCUUUUGGCGCAUUUUUGCUAGCGCGGCAGCGCGGCGGAGAAUACAAGAGGGUCGCGUCAGAUCGUGAUAUCAUUGCACAGGUCGAAGACGUGGCUUCUGAUCGAGACCUGAUGAACGUCAGGACGAUAGAAAUACUGUAGAUGUAUGUUGUUCCCCAAAGAUUAGGUAUCUGAGCGAUUUGUAAAGUGCAUUGGUACAUAAUCAUACUACAUGCACAUAUAUUGGACUA